AUGGCAGUGACGGAUAAGGUGAAGUUCGAGCUGGACAAACUCAUAGAGGCAAAGGAUCAGGCCUUCAAUCUUUAUAACAGCAUGGAGGCUGAAAAGGCCCAGUUCAUUCUGAGGAAGAAGGAGUAUGAAGAGAAGCUGAAUCGGAUGGGGAUCGAGCUAAACUCCAGGCACGAUGUCGAGGAGAGAUUGAUGGGAGAGAUCAAGGCAUUGAGGGCCUCGGAGGAAGAGGCCAGAGCUCGAGCAGAAGAAGAGCGCGGCAAAGUCAGAGAGGCCAUCCAGAAGGUACAAAAGGCCAACGAAAGGGCAAGGCAGGCCACCAAAAGGGUUGAAGAGUUUGAGGCUAAGGUUGACAGAGCGGUGAAGGCCUGGCAGGAGUCCUCCGAGUUUGACGUCGUAGCCCAGGAUGUCUACGUUGUAGCCCUGGAGGAGCUGGUAGGGCACAUCAGGAAUGAGAGGACUGAUAUUGAUGUGGCCUUUCUGGAUGAGGCACUAGAGGGGCAGAAGGAAGAGCUGCGAAGGUUGUCUGAGUUUGCUAGAGUCCGGAUAAGGAAUAAAGCUUCAGUAGACAAGUUGGUGAUUGUCAAGGAUGAAUUGAAAGGAAUAAAAGCCAAAGCUGAAGCGAUGAGGGCCCAACAAGUUGAAGAUGUGGCUAAAUUGGAUUCUGCCUUAGCCAAAAUAGAAGCUCUGAAGAGGAAAGAGGCUGAGAAAGCCAAGGUUGAGACUCCACUGGCGAUUGAUGUGGCUGUGAAGGACUACAUCGCUAACUUCCACCUCACAAAAGAGUAUUAA